UGCACCACUUGGCUGUGAUAUCCAUCUCUUAAUUGUGUAACAAUGCAAUAAGAAGUAAACAGAAUUGCUUUAAAGCGCUUGGAAAUCAGUGGAUAAUAUGAGUCCAUCUUUUUGAAGCCAGAAUGAAGUACCUAUUGUGGGUUGCUUUUCUGUUCGUUUUUUGUCUGUAUGGUUGCCGGAGCAGUGAGGUGAUUGGACAAGAGGACUUCCUGCUUGUUGCAGGCCCUCUGGCAAAGCAGCUGGUGAGAAGCUCAGGCAAUACGGGGAAGGAUGCGUUCGACUGCAGUCAUCCCAUACCUCCAGGCUUUAAACAGAACUUUGAGUACCUCAAGAACAGAGGGGUGACCCACUUCAAAGUGCCGCUGUCAUGGGCUCAACUCCUACCUACCGGCCUUCCCAGUCAACCGCAGCAGGCUGUGGUUACCUGUUACCAGACCCUGCUGAAACAGCUGCUGGAGGUGGGCCUUCAGCCUCUGGUCGUCCUUCAUGGAUCCACAGUGCCAGAGACUCUGAGAUCAAGGUAUGGAGGCUGGGAGAGCCAGGAGCUGGUAGAGAUGUUUCAGCGGUAUGCAGAGUUUGCCUUUGAGGAGUUUGGAGCACUAGCACACUCAUGGGUGACACUGAGUGACUUGGAUGAUGUUUGGCAUGACGGGCAGCCUGCUCUGCAAAAUAUCCUCCAGCUCAACAAGAAUAUUUACCAGAUCUACCAUCAACAGUUUCCUGACAAAGUGAGACGUCUGUCAAUCGGACUGAGAACUAGUGAUGCUGCAAUUCUUCCCCAGAUCAAAGGUUCAUCUCCAAUGGAUUUCUUGUCAGUGCACAUCGAAUACAACUGUGCCUCUACAUCAAACUUUGCAAAGGAGCUAAGCAGCUUACAGAUGUCAAGUGGGGACCUGCCAAUCCUGAUAUACGAGGUGGCUGUUCAUGGUUGUCCCGACAGUCAAUACCAGCUUCUUGGCAAUUUCUUACAGGCCUUAUUGAACAAUAACCUGAAUAUUGUGGGAUGUGACAUGAUGGAUAUGUUGGGUAAGCUGGACAUGGAGGACGUCCCAACCAGUCAUGGUAUUUCGUACUACAAUAGAAUUAAUAUAUUUAAAAACAGUUAUCGGAAUGUGUGGAAUAAGUUUGGGGCCCAGACCAUAACAGAACGAGACCUUUUCCUCAAUGAAUCAUUCCCGUCAGGCUUCCAAUGGGCUACCUCCAGUGAGUCCUUCAAGGUUGAGGGAGGCUGGUCAGAAGGUGGGAAGGGAGAGACCAUUUGGGACCGUUUUGGUCAUGACGGCCUAGCAUUUGCCAAUCAGACAGCUGAUCUAGCUAGUGACAGUUACCACAAGGUGGAUUAUGAUGUCUACCUCCUGCGAGGUCUUCAUGUCAACACCUACCAGUUUUCCAUCUCCUGGGCCCGUAUUUUCCCCUCAGGCCACCGGGGAAGCCAAUCAGAGAAAGGGGCUCUCUACUAUGACAAGCUGAUCAACGCUCUCAUUGAGUCUGGCAUACAACCUGUAGUCACUCUCUACCACUGGGAUCUGCCCCAGACACUCCAGGACUAUGGUGGAUGGACCAACACUUCCAUUGUUGAAGCCUUCAAGGACUACGCAGACUUCUGCUUCUCCAGGUUUGGAGACAGGGUCAAGACAUGGAACACAUUCAGUAGCCCCUGGGUGGUGAGCCAUGCUGGGUAUGGCACUGGUGAGCAUCCCCCUGCAGUCAAAGACUAUGUGGUUGCCUCCUAUCAGGCCACUCACAAUAUGCUCAAGUCUCAUGCUGAGGCUUGGCAUGUCUACAAUGACAAGUACAGAAAGACACAAGGGGGGAAAGUGGGCAUUGCAUUGAACUCUGACUGGGCUGAGCCCAUGGACCCCUCCAGACCUGAAGACAUAGCAGCUGCAGAUCGCUACCUGCAGUUCAUGCUAGGCUGGUUUGCACAUCCUAUAUUUGUAAAUGGAGAUUAUCCUCCAACACUCAAGACUCAGAUUGAACAGAAAAUAAAUGAGUGUCCCCUCUCUGAGCCUGCAAGACUUCCAGUUUUCACUGCUGAAGAGAGCCAGAGGAUACAUGGAACAGCUGACUUCUUAGGAUUAAACCACUAUACCUCCCGGUUGGUCAACAACAGUAUUGGUGGCUGUACCCCUGGUCCUGAGGGGGUGGGUAACUUCCAGGCACAUGUGGACCCUUCAUGGUCUUCUACAGCUUCUGACUGGAUCUAUUCUACACCUUGGGGUCUCAGAAGACUUCUUAACUAUAUUUCCUUAGAAUACUUGAAUGUUACCAAAUUGCCUAUCCACAUAACUGGGAAUGGUAUGCCUACUGAGCACACUGGGGACACUCUCAAUGACACCGGUAGAAUAGAGUACAUGAAGAGUUACAUCAAUGAGGCCCUGAAAGCAAUAUUCAUAGAUGGAGUGGAUGUGCAGCGAUUCACAGUGCAGUCACUCAUGAAUGGAUUUGAGGGAGAACAAGGUUACAGCCAAAGAUUUGGUCUUCACCAUGUCAACUUUGAAGAUGCAAACAGACCAAGAACCCCAAAGCAGUCUGCAUAUUUCUAUUCUCAGGUUAUCAAGCAAAAUGGAUUUGGUUCACAUAAAGGGCAUGCUUUUAAAGUAUCAGAGAUGCAACUCAACCGCCGUCCAAUGGCUUUAUCACCCUCUGACGUCCCAUCUAAAUCCAAGGUUGUCUGGGAGGAAUUCUCAAACCAGUCAAAAUUCCAGAGAAAAAUGUACCACUAUGGCACUUUCCCACAAGGCUUCAGUUGGGGAGUGUCAUCUUCAGCUUACCAGAUUGAAGGUGGCUGGAAUGCUGAUGGGAAGGGGCCCAGCAUCUGGGAUGCAUUCACCCACAAACCUGGCAGUAUUCCUGCAAAUGCCAAUGGAGAUGUGGCCUGUGACAGCUACCACAGACUUGAAGAAGACUUCUACAUGCUGCGAGCUCUAAGGGUGAAUUCAUACAGAUUCUCUUUGUCCUGGUCCAGGAUCUUUCCCGAUGGUCGGCUUACCUCCCAGAACCAGAAAGGUGUUGACUACUACAAUAGACUAAUUGAUGGUCUCUUAGCAUAUAACAUCACUCCCAUGGUGACUCUCUACCACUGGGACCUUCCUCAAGCUUUGCAAGACCUUUGUGGCUGGGAAAAUGUAGAGAUGAUUAACAUUUUUAAUGACUUUUGUGACUUCUGCUUUGCCACCUUUGGAGACAGAGUGAAAUUUUGGAUGACCUUUAACCAGCCUCACACAAUUGCGUGGUUAGGAUAUGGACUUGGACAGAUCCCACCAAAUGUUAAGAAUCCAGGUAUUGCACCAUACACAGUUGCACACAACCUUAUAAAGGCACACGCCAAGGCUUACCACACAUAUGACGAUAAGUAUCGCAAAUCCCAAAGUGGUCUAGUAUCCAUCGUCCUCAAUGCUGAUUGGAUCGAACCUAAAGAUGUUAAUGUUCCCCGUGAGGUGGUGGCUGCUGACCGCGCUCUGCAGUUCCAACUAGGUUGGUUUGCACACCCCAUUUUCAAGAAUGGCGACUAUCCAGAUGCAAUGAAGUGGCAAGUUGGAAACAAGAGUGAACUCCAAGGUCUUUCAGAGACAAGACUACCUUCCUUCACUGAAGAAGAAAAGACCCUCAUCAAAGGAACUGCUGACAUGUUCUGUGUAAAUCAUUACACUACAAAGAUUGCACGCCAUGCUACUUUGAGGCUUUCCCCUCAAUCCUAUGAAUAUGACCGGGACUUGUCAGAAGCAGAGGAAGAUGAUUCACCAACUACUGCCAUCAGUAACCAGAGAGCUGUAGCAUGGGGCUUGAGAAGACUCCUCAACUGGAUCAAAGAUGAGUAUGGAGAUCCAGAGGUUUACAUUACUGAGAAUGGAGUAGCUACAGAAUCAAAGACAACUUGGGAUGACUCUGCCAGAGUGUUUUAUUACAAGACCUACAUUAAUGAGGCUCUGAAAGCCUAUGACCUUGAUGGUGUGAAGGUAAAAGGAUACAUAGCAACAUCACUCAUGGACUCUUUUGAGUGGCUUAAUGGGUACAAACUAGGAUUUGGUUUGCACCAUGUGGACUUCACCAACCCAAACCUGCCGAGAACACCCAAGUACUCAGCCCAUUUCUACUACCAAGUUAUAAAGGACAAUGGUUUCCCUACACCAGAUGAUGAGAAGCAUAUUCAUGGACAUUUCCGCAAAGAUUUUAUUUGGAGUACUGCAACGGCAUCAUACCAGAUUGAAGGGGGAUGGAGAGCGGAUGGAAAAGGUCUCAGCAUCUGGGACAAGUUUGCUCACACUCCUCUUCGAGUGUUCAAUGAUGACAAUGGCGAUAUAGCCUGCAACAGUUACAAUAAAGUAGAAGAGGAUGUUGCUAUAUUGAAGCAACUUAAGGUGACCCAUUAUCGUUUCUCCAUAUCCUGGCCGAGGGUACUUCCUGAUGGCACCACCAAGCACAUUAAUGAGGCUGGACUAAACUACUACCACAGACUGGUGGAUGCACUGCUUGCUGCAAACAUCCAACCUCAUAUUACUCUCUACCACUGGGACCUUCCACAAGCUCUGCAGGACCUUGGGGGCUGGGAGAAGGAGACUAUUAUUGUCAAAUUCAGGGAUUACGCUGACCUCAUCUUUAGCCGUCUUGGCCACAAAGUGAAAUUUUGGAUCACCAUUAAUGAGCCGUACAAUAUAGCCAAUGUAGGCCAUGGCUAUGGGGCGGCUGCCCCAGGGAUCAGUUUCCGACCAGGCACUCUGCCCUACAUUGUGGGUCACAACCUGCUUAAAGCACAUGCUGAGGCCUGGCAUCUCUACAAUGACAAGUACCGGGCCAAACAGAAAGGAAUUAUCUCCAUCACCAUCAACUCUGACUGGUCAGAGCCCAGAAAUCCCUAUAAGCAGGAGGACAUUGACGCUGCAAGGCGUGUGGUGCAGUUCUACAUUGGCUGGUUUGCACAUCCUGUAUUUAACGGAGACUACAGCAACAUGAUGAAGACAAUCAUUCGAGAGCGAAGCCUAGCUGCUGGUCUGCUAAAAUCUCGGCUGCCUGAGUUCACUCCUGAGGAGAUUAAGAGGAUUAAGGGUACCUAUGAUUAUUUUGGGUUCAACCAUUACACCACAGUCCUGGCGUUCCCUGUGAACUAUGGAAACCUUCAGCACUAUGAUGCCGAUAGGGGUGCAGGAACGAUUGCUGAUCGUACCUGGCUGGAUUCAGGCUCAUCUUGGCUGAAGGUCUCACCGUUUGGAUUCCGCAGGAUAUUGAACUUCAUUAAGGAGGAGUAUGGAAAUCCACCAAUUAUCAUCACAGAAAAUGGCAUGUCAGAGCGAGGGCAGAUUGACCUAAACGAUAUUCAUAGGAGCUACUACUAUGAAAAGUACAUCAACCAGGUGCUGAAAGCUUACUUACUAGAUAACGUGGAUAUCCAGGGUUACACAGCUUGGUCCCUGAUGGACAACCUAGAGUGGGCUACUGGCUUCUCAGAAAGAUUUGGCCUUUUCUACGUCAAUCACUCAGACCCUAAACUGCCUCGACUGGCCAAGACUUCUGUUACCCUCUACUCCACCAUCAUCAACUGCAACGGAUUCCCGGACCCCGCCUUGGGACCCCAUGAGUGUUUGAAUACUGUGCCUGAAGCAAUGAGCGUGCCGAUGACCACGCCGGUCACACCUGUCACCCUGGCCACGCCUGUCACGCCUGCUCCUUCUGACAACGCUGUGAGCUUCCUGGGUAUGAAGCUCUCUACCAAUGAUGCUGAGACUGGACUUAUCACCACAUUUGCUCUGCUGAUUGUUGCAGCAUUUGGAGCUAUUUGUACAUCUUUUUUUUUGUUUAAGGCAAAAAAAUAAUUCCAAGAAAAACAUUAAAUCUGAUCUAUAAAACUGGAACGGAAAUUCUGCAAAAAUGCAGAGUUGUAAUCAAAGUCCAACUUGCAGUAACCUGUCUGCAUAUUCUUAUGAGCACCAUUUCAUAAAACUUCAUGCAUGUUAAUGCAGAUUAAAUGUGUUUAGCUGCAUGCUGUACAAAGAUGUAUUCUUCUCCCAAGCGCAUGAUUCAACAGAUUGUUAUUUUUCUUUCAUUCAGUUACAUCUCCAAUAUGUUGCUGCUCAUCUCAUGUUUCAGAUCAUGAUUAAAAUAAUAUACAAGUUGCUCAUGAUCCACGCUAUUUACUGCUAAAACUGAUCCCCUGUAGAUGUAUUAUGGAAUGUGAGCCACACUGAAUCAUGCAAGAUCUUCCCUUCGCUUGAGGCAGCCUUACACUGCGAUCAGGUACAUAAUAGACAUAAUUUGCACUUGCAUUGUGAGACAAGUAAAUAAAUGUUUUCCCCCAUGCUUGAAACACUGGAUUGUGACCUGAAUUGUUGCUCAUUAAAGCCAUGCAUGAAUUUAUAGGAGAACAACCUCAAUGUUAGGUUAAACAUUUGGGAGCUGCAGCUCUGUCAUUAGACUAGCUGAGGUUUUAGGAGCUUUUCAUGGAGCAAAAUCACAUGGUCUCCUGAACCUUACUGCUGUGUCCCCAGAAGCUGCAGCUACAAACUGCAGCUGUGGUUUAGCAUCAACACGGUAGAGAUCAGCUGAAGCCACUAGAUGUCACUGCAGGUGUAAACAGAUCCUGCUGCACGCUGGUUUUCAGAGGAGAUUCAGAACUUCUAAAUCUUUAACCAUCCAAUAAAGGACAAGUUAUUAUAUUGUCCAACUAAUGUAAUAUCAUGUCAUUAUACUUAAAAAAAAUAAAACACUUAUGCUUCAGUUCAUGUUUGAUGCCAAGAUGAGGGUUAGUGACUGUCAAACUGGAACGGUCGAUUCAGUCACAGGUCACAGACAACAAACCCAAACUGAAAUCAUUAAAACAUUGUAUUGUAUGACUGAUUAUCGCUGCAGUUUUAAUGUAAGCUAGUUGACAUAUUAUUGAUACUAGAUUAAGUGUUAUGGGUAUGAUGUACUUUUUUAGAUAAAAAUAUAAACCUGAUGCUUGUGAUGAUCAAAAGUGCAGCUCCUGAUAUAUUGUUGUAGAGGCAUUUCUGAAUAUUUACUUUCAUGAAUUAGUGUUAAUGGUGGCUGAACUGCAAAGUAAAAACAAAACAAAAAAUAAGCUUGAUUGUAUUAUCUUUUAACCGGCCUUCAAGUUUAAAGACACACAUGAGAAUCCACACAGGAGAGAAACCUUUCAGCUGCUCAGUUUGUGAGAAAUCUUUUAACCAGCCUUCAACUUUGAAGAGACACAUGAGAAUCCACACACGAUAGAAACAUUUCAGCUGCUCAGUUUGUGAGAAAAGAUUUUUGCUCAACACAGCUCUAAAGGUACACAUGAAAAGUCACACAGGAAAGAAUCCCCUUUAGCCCUUUCACCCAAUCACCCCUCCGCAUAUCCCUUCACUCAUUGUUGACAAGUUGUUAAUUUCAUACUGUAUAUUCACACUGUAUAUUGUAUAUAAACCAUUAAAUGUUGUAAUUGUA